CGCAGGUUUUUACUUUCACUGAAUGGGGAUGGUUCUGGUAGAUAUGGGCUGCACCUAAGGCACUUAUUUGUAUGUGGAGAGCUAUUCGGGGUAUUCUCCCUUCAAUGGAAGCUCUUGUUUCGAGACGGGUGGAUGUUGAUGGGGUGUGCCCAUUAUGUGGAUUUCAAGGUGAGUCUGUUGAUCACAUAUUUCUUUGGUGCAGAUAUGAUAUGUCCAUGGUGGAGGGAGCUUUCAUUGCUGUAAAAAAUGAAAGGAUUCAUAGCCCUCAGGACUCUUUAUUGGCGGAAGCACUUGCCUGCAAAGAGGCUCUCUCAUGGUUGAAAGAGCGAGGAAUCUUCAUUGGUUCUGCGGCAAAUUACAUCUAUACGGAGUUAUUGUUUGCUGCCGCGAGAGAGACAAAGCCAGGACGUGCGACAAGAACAGAGCAGCCAGGAAAUCGACCUGCCGUCACUGCUGCUUCCCCAGCCGCCGCUGACACCAGUGCCUCCGCCGUCUGCUCGCCGGAAAAUCUUCGACUAUUUGUUUUAUUUUAAGUCGUCAAAUAACCGAGGUAACAGGAACAAUGAAUAAUGAGACGGUCU